AUGCCAACGCGUUGGUCUCUCGCCAACGGCAUGUAUAUCAUGUGGGCAUGGGAGCCGGUCACAGUUCCUGGCGCAGUCGAAUGUCCAGCAGUUACGGCCUUCGUCAAGUGAAAGACUUACUAGACUGUUACAACUUCCAUAUCCAUGCAUGAUUCAAUUUACUUAAGUCUAAGUAGACUUCUUACACUCAUCUCCAACUCCAACUCCAGCUUUCGUAUGUAAAUGUAGCACACUCAAGAAGAAAGAAGAACCCUUGACUUCGACAUCUCUAAAGCAAGCACGAAUCUAGCUGGCUGUGUCUAUACCGAAGGAGCCGGAAAAGCGGGCUACAGGUGCACGAGCAGCGACCCGACUGAAAUCUGCAUGGGCCGCACUGGAGAAGAAGUGCUGUCACGUUUGAAUGCAUUGGCGUUCUCUACGUUUGAUUAAGGCUCGAACUUCGAAGAAAAACUUGUUGUACUAUAGACUACUUGUGAACGUAGAAGUUUGUUUGUUUGUUUGUAUUGAUGCGCUCCGGGCAACUACGCGUAUGAUCUCACCAGGUGUUUUCUGUGCUUCGUGGGUUUUGUACUUAUUCUUGAUCUUGUAGUUGUAAAGAUAUUGAAGAUGAACAUGAACAAGAUGAACAACAUGCUUCUUGAGUGGAGGUUUCUUUGUCGUGCAUGGAAGAUUUAUCUCUUCUAGGGAGUGUGUUGUCGUUGGACGUCGCAUUACUUUCUCAUCAUCAUCGUCAUCAUUUGUUCCUUUCCUAUCCCUAUCAUGCAUACUCCCUCUUCUAAUGCAAGCCAGUGGACAACGUCUGGGAAUUCAUCCUCCUCUCAGGAGUUAUCGCCAUUGCUUCCAAAAUCGGCCACAUCUUCCUCUUCGUGAAGAAAGUGAACCAGGCACCGGUGCUUGGAACAGAAUUCGGUGUCGGAGGAGGACCGGCGGUGGCUGUUGCGGGGAAAGCGGCUGUUGAGGCUGUAGCAGAGAAGUAGAAGGAGGCAACAUAUAGAUAAAAAGAAUGAGAAGUUUAAUUGGUAGUACAGUUGGGAAAAAGGAAAGAGGAAAUAGAAGAAGUAGCUUGUGCUUGUAAAUGACGAGGAUAUUCUGUCUUCCUGCAAGAACUUAUCGAAAGCAUAUCCUAGAUGGCCGGGCUCUAAAUGGCUCUGCCGAAGAAGAUGUUGCGAAUGUAUCUGCCUUCCUAAAAAUCCAUUACAAUAUACAAGGCACGACUAUUGUUCAGUCUCCAUCAUCUUCCAUCUUCCAAAAUAUUUUAAUUUUUCUCAAAUAACUUAAACUUCUACAUGUUAUAAUUUACAAAAUCGAUGAGCACACAAAAAAAGUACGACACAUCGUAUACUGAAAACUAAGAAAGUCUGAGUGUUAAUAUUUAUUGAACUGUCGAAGUAAAAUGAAGAUGAACAUCAACAGAAUCUUAUACAAGAACUCGACAUAUUUUGAUUUCUGAUGACCAAGGAUAGUGCAGUUAUCUUCACAUGCCAUUUUUGAUGUAGAAGUUGUCCGAUCUAAGUACUUAGAACUACCUAGGUCGUGAGUCUCUAAACAUAAGUUCUACCUAGGUGAAAAGUCUAAACAUGUUCGGCGUGUCGUCAUGAGGGUCCUUGCAUUAUCCCACGGUAGGACCAUCGGACUCAGAGCCAGAUUUAUGAUGUACUAGAUGUACAUGAUGCACUUCGUUGUUCCACCUCUCUAUAGUAAAAAAGUCCGAAGACUUGUUUGAGGUCGACCGACGUGCGUCUCCAUCGUUGUGCUGCCUGCACCUGCGAUUUAUUUCUAAUAGAUUUAGACUCAGCAACCAAUUGAGUAGAUAUAUCAACACUAUGAAUUCGAAUGAUCUUGAUCUUUAUAGUAGAGUAAGUAAAAUGUCGGGUUUCGAGUUACUCGAGUUGCAACGAAAAAAGAAAUCCGUGAGAUAAUGCUAACGAAGAUGACGCCCUAUAAUUGGCAUUGGGAGCGUAAGACCAACUCCUGGCUGAGCGCGUGAGUUUGAGCAAGAUAACAGCCGGCAUUUUCAACGUGCUCGAGGCCGGCCAGGGGUCGCGGUCCACAGUAUUAUGGAUACAAUGUCGUCAUUAUAAUAAAAAGACAAGUACUUAUUUUUUACACAAGCUAGUCUACUACAUAAACCGAAAUACACUAAAUGAAAAACAUAAACAACUCAACAGGAUGAGCGAGUAGUUGCUUUAUGAUUUUCAAAGAAGAACUAGCAGAAGGAUGUAAAAGCUAGAUGAAGCACAGCCACAGCCCACAGGCAUCCGCAUCGAGAUAUAAUAGCAUAGAACUACUUGAUUGAAAGAAAAAACUAUGGAUAGCGGUCCUCCUCUAAGAUAUAAAGGUACUUAUUGCAUGUCGAAACCGAAAGGCCUCAAAGUCAAAUCCAGUUUACUACAGGCUUUCGUCUUCAGAGAGGUACAAAAGCUAAGGCAUGUAGCUAAACAAAAUGGAAAUAUAUAGAGCAUACUUGUUCUAUUGGAGUUUUUUGAGUGAUUUUUUACGAGCACCACAAUUUACACGAGAUGUCUGUGAGUCUGACAUCACAAACAGAGCCGCGACGCGACUGUCACUGAUGUGUCAAGGAAAUGGAAAUUAUGAUGAAAGCUAGUACAGCUUCAAGUUGAAAAAUACUUCGAUUUUCGGCUUGAUCACGACAAGAACAUCUUAUGUAUCUAUCAAUGCUAUAUUCAACAGAAUUAUUGAUGUUCUCAUUUUUUUGAUUUUUGUUGUCCUCGUCUAUGAAGCCUCAUGGACAUGGAGGUGGACUAAUAUAGAUCAUGUAUCUACAUAGUUACGCUUACGCGAAGACGAAGGGAAAUAAGGUUUUCAUGAUCAAUCGCUAUCAGUGUCAGAACUAGUUUCUACGAGAACUUGUUGGCGCGUUGAAAUCUUCAACACAUGUUGAAGAGGCGCCUCUCCUUCGUGAUUGCCGCUAGACUAGUAGUUUCCUCACUAUUUUUUUCCUUUGUGAAUAAAUAAUGUUGAGUUAAACUUAAACGAGGGAGUGCAUCAGUGUCGACCGCUGGCGAUCCUCCUCGAACUAGCUUUCUUUGAGUGAAAAAUAUUAGGCUAUACUGAGUAAAACCGCGAGGCUUUAUGAAUCAAGCCUUCCUGGGCUUUGCUCAUUCGUGCGCUAAUAUCCUGGGUACAAGGAGGUAGCGGGCCUUCUUGAUCUUCAACGACAUCCAAAAAUAUGAAUAGUGGAGAGCUGCUCUUCCUCAACCUGUUCAUGGAAGGCUCCCUAGUGAACAGUGAAUGAACACAUAGAAGCACUCGUCAUGGACGAAAAGAGCACUACAAGUACAAAGUAAAUCAAAAUCUUAUGAAGAGAAGAACUAGGCGAACGCGAUG